AUCAACAGUACACAAAACAAAACAAAAAAAAUUCAAAAUUUUAUUUUAUUUCCCAAAAAUAUUUCGAAAAAAAAGUUUGAUUUGAUUGCAAUACCAAAAUUAUAAGUGAAAAUAGUAGACUUUUGGCUGACGCAUAUGCGGUAUAAUUAAAAAUUCUUCUGAGACGUUUUAUUGAUAAAAAAAAAAAAAAAAUUAAAGUGAACAAAAUUACAAAAUUUAAAUAUUUUUCAAAAAAUAUUGUGCAAAAUUCCUCUGGUUUCUAAUUCCCGUCUAAUUUCGUUCAGUGAAUAAAAACAGUCAAUCAUGAAACGCGUCACCGCUUUGUUCCGUCCGGCCCUGGGCACCGUCUGCUUCUUGGCGCGGGGUGUACCUGCCGCCCAGCAGAUCUGCCUUCAACGCUGCGCCUGCCAGAACGUCCAGCAAAGGUUUAGGGACCUUAACAAGGAGGCACAGCGGAAAAAUCGCAUAUCUGGAAGCGGCUCAUUGCUAUUCCGGAACAGCCACAUGAGGGACGCCAGCGCCAAUGGCCACAAGAGUCAGCUCCCCAAGCCCAGCGACACUGCCCGAAAGAUUCCGCACACGACGCUGGCGACUGCAAAAGCUGUUCCGAAAGCGCCUGUGAACCGGAUAACGACACCGAAGAUUGAGGACUACUCCCGCUACCGCAAUUCGAUACGUGAGAGCAACAUGUGGCGGGACCCCGCCCAUCCAGAUACCACCUGGCUGAAGCCCCACAGUGCGUCGGCCUACAAGCCGGACUUUGGCAACACCGAGCCGCAUACGUUGAAGCUGAGCUUCAUGCGCAGCCCGGACGAGAAGUCAAAGGAUAUGGCGAAUCGCGACUUGGCCAAGGCCAUGCAGAAUAAGCGCUUCAUCCCCGGUCCGGCCCCAAUAUCGGCCACAGUCAAAGUCGUUCGCCAGGCCAAUCCCUUUGAGAACAAAUUCUCGCGUCGCAGCUUCAUGCGUUCCGCCUUUGAAUUCAUUGACCAAAAAAAGUAGUUUUAAUCGAUCUCAGAAGCCCUAAAGACUAGAACCGCAUCCAAAUUGACUAUGCAAAUAUCAAAUAACCCAAAUAACUCAAAUAAAUCAAUAUUAAUCUUUUA